AUGGAGCAGCAGCAGCAGCAGCAGCCCGGCGGCGAGGAGGACUGCGGGGACUCGGGAGCCGAGACGGGAGGGUCUGAGUACAGCCGCAUGUCCUCUACCAGCAGUGAACUUUCUGUGGAAGAGAUACAGGACCCAUUCCUCGUUAGUGUCCAUAUUAUCACCGACCCAGGUGAAUCCAAGACUCUUCAGCAAGCCAUCGAUAAGCUCCUAGCCUGGAUCCACCCGGACCUCCAGCUGUUUCGAGUCUCAGAAAGACGCCUGUCCAAGAAGCGCAGGAAGCCAGGUAAGGCUGGGGUUCCUCAGCCAGCCCUCGCCGUCAUUCUGUUCCUGCAGGAGGAAUAUGGAGAGGAGCCCAUCUUGCAGCUCCACGAAACCUUUCAGCGGCCACCUUGGCAUUACCACCACACAGAGCGAGUGCACGGGAAGUUCCUCCCUUACAUGCCAUGCAGCCAGGACUUUUACACCUUGGCUCCCGAGACCCCUCUGUGGGCCAUUCGCCCAGUGCAUUACGGGAAGGAAAUUAUCCGCUUCACGAUAUACUGCAGGAAUGAAAACUACACCGACAUUUUGAAGUUGUAUGAGUUAAUACUGAAAAGACCGGUAUGUCAGAAAAAAGCAGACUUUUGUGUUUUUCCUGUCUAUUCGAACAUGGAAAUAGACAUUCAGUUUUCUUUAAAAAAACUUCCAAAGGGCCAAAUACCAGUGCCAACCGAGUCAGCAGUGCUGGAAUUCAGAGUGAAAGAUGUCGGACAGCUCGUUCCUCUCUUGCCCAACCCUUGCAGCCCAAUUAGUGAAGGCAGGUGGCAGACUGAAGACCACGAUGGAAAUAGGAUCCUCUUGCAGCAAGCACGCAGUUGGUGUAGGAAGUCUGCAAAGCAGAACAAGCAACCAUAUCCAUCUGUGUCAACAGAUUCCCGCUUCACCACUUUGCCAGGCUUUCUUCCUCAGAGCCACCAGCCUGUCCCUGAACAACCAGAAGAAACGAGUCAAAACAAGGUACAUCACGCAAACGGCCUUGGUCAUCAUCUUGGUUUCUCCCAGCAGGACUUGAGGCACGGUGAUCGAGGAGACUUCACUCGCAGAUCCAGCAGUGCUUCUAGCAUUUCGUGGUCAUUUCAACGAAGCAAGUCUCUGUUCUGCUUGCCCACAGUGAGCACCUCCCCAACCUCAGAGACUGUUCAUUUCAGUGAACCAUUUCAGUUUUCAAAUACUGGGUCACCUGCAACCAGGUUGAAAACAUGGAGAUGCAGCCCCAGGCUUAACAUCGAUGAUUUGGAGGGUGCACAGGAGACUGAUGUAGACACGGGGAGGAAGCUGUUCUUCUCAGACCUGUCUGUGGUCUCUGCAUACUCUGCCCUGAAUGGAUUUUGUAGUGACUUGGAAGCCUCUCUUCCCCCACAGAAGCAAACUAUGGCUACGCAGGCUGCUACCAGUGGAAGGCCUGUAUCUGUCAUGUGCAAUACCUUUGAGCCUGGGGAUGGUUCACUACCUUCUCUCUCUGAAUGGUCUUCCAGCUCAUUUAGGUCAGCAUCUCUCUCCAAGCAGCCCAAACAGCCUUCGAGAGCAGCCCCUUGUUCUCUGGAUGACUGUGGUAGCAUUUACCCAGCUUCACCAACUAACGAAGAAGAAUUUUACAUCUGA